GGAAGCGGCAGCGAGCGAGCACCGGCCCGGCCGGCAUCAUGGGCCGCAGUUUCUGCCUGGCUCUUGCGCUGGCUGCUCUCCCCACAGUGGCUGCCAAUGAAGAGGUACCUGUGACUCACCAAGACUCCUGGGGAGACUUCUGGCUAUUUCGUUUCUUGGUCAAUGCCGCAGGCUAUGCAAGCAUUGUGGUGCCAGGCUUCUUGCUAAUACAGUAUUUCAAGAAGAAGAAUUACCUUGAGACAGGCCGAGGUGUUUGCUUUCCAGUUAUCAAAUCAUGUGUUUUUGGCAACGAGGCCAAGUCAGGAAACCAGGAUGAUGCCUUGCUGGCAGCUCGGAAUGAGACCGUAGAGUCCUCGACAGCCCGGCAAAUUUUUAAACUACUGUUCUGUGCAGCGGGUCUACAGAUUUCCUACUUGACGUGGGGUGUCCUUCAGGAACGCGUGAUGACCAGAACAUACGGGGCAACCGAGUCGGACCCUGGCGAGAAGUUCAAGGACUCCCAGUUCCUUGUCUUCAUGAACCGGAUCCUGGCCUGCACCGUAGCUGGCCUGUACUGUGCCCUGACCAAGCAGCCCCGCCACGGUGCCCCCAUGUACAAGUAUUCCUUUGCCUCCCUCUCCAACAUCCUCAGCAGCUGGUGCCAGUAUGAGGCGCUCAAGUACAUCAGCUUCCCCACCCAGGUGCUGGCCAAAGCCUCCAAGGUGAUUCCGGUCAUGCUGAUGGGCAAGUUGGUCUCGCGCAAAAGCUACGAGUACUGGGAGUAUUUGACAGCAGCACUUAUCUCUGUGGGGGUCAGCAUGUUCUUGCUCUCCAGCACACACGACAAACAUCUCUCCACCGUCACCACCUUCUCUGGUGUGGUCCUCCUGGCGGGCUAUAUUGUCUUCGACAGCUUCACCUCCAACUGGCAGGACGCGCUCUUCACCUACAAGAUGUCCUCGGUGCAAAUGAUGUUUGGGGUGAACGUGUUCUCGUGUCUCUUCACCGUGGGCUCGCUGCUAGAGCAGGGCGCCUUACUGGAGUCAGUGCGCUUCAUGGCCCGCCACUCUGAGUUUGCCGCCCACGCCGUGCUUCUGUCUGUGUGCUCCGCCUUUGGGCAGCUGUUUAUCUUCUAUACCAUCAACCAGUUUGGGGCAGCUGUUUUCACCAUCAUCAUGACGUUGCGGCAAGCCUUCGCCAUCCUCCUUUCCUGUCUCAUCUACGGCCAUGCAGUCACUGUGGUGGGUGGGCUAGGGGUAGGCGUGGUCUUCACAGCACUUUUCCUCCGUGUCUAUGCCCGCAGCCGCAUGAAGAAGCGAGCAAAGAAGCCGCCAGCUGAGACCACGGUGCAAAAAGUUUAGGGGCUGCAAGGCACUGAUAGCCCCCUUCCCUCUGGGGCCAUCACCAAACUCUUAGCACUUGGAGGUUGGCUUGGAGGAAAUGAAGGGACUCUUCCUCCUCUUGCCUUACUGUCUGAGCAUUUCAAGCCUGCUGGGGCACUGCUCUGCGAAAUGAGACUAGAGGUUAAUAAUACUUUAGGUUUCUUCUGCAGCUCCUCUCUUUGGAGAAGGCUUAUUUAUGAAGAAGGUACAUUGGAGCUCUCUUGCCCUUUGCUGCAGUGCUCCUUCUGCUUAUCAUCCUGGAACUGCAUAUAACACUUUUAGAUUUUCUAUUUUAAACCCCCCCCCCAAAAAAAAAACCUGGUGGUGGAAGGGGAAACUGGGAUGGUGCUGCAACUCCAGCCUCUUUUCCAAGAAAACAGCACUGACGGAAGGAGGCUUUGGGCUUCAGAAUGGUCCUGCUGUGUAAGAGCCCCUCUUAAAACAGAACUUCCCCCUUUCAGGCUUGGAAUACCCCAUGUGUUCUUUUGCCCCCUUGUUGAACAUUUUCCACCUGUGCGCCAUUCCCCAGUGUCUUUUGGGUCUUGCUUUUUUGCUAGGUGUCUAUUGAAUACCCCCCCCUUCUCAUUGAAUUACAAUCCCAACCCUUUUGAGACUAUUCUCAGGACGCUAUGUACUUUCCUGGGAUGUGUAGUUGCUACAUACAGUUUAGAAAAGCACAAAUAAUUGCCUUCUUGAAACAUCCCUUUUCAGAGCUAGCUAAAGGUAUGUGUUUGGUUUUUUGGUUUUUUUUUUAAAACUGCUUCUUGCAGGCUAGUGUGGAAGGAAGGCAUCCCCAAGCAAAGAUAAUGUGCUUUCCUGGCCCUGUUCAUCUUUGGAAGGGACUCUUUGGCACACACUGGGAGUAAUAGCUGGAAGCAGUGUGUGCAUCUAGGCUGGAAUUCUACUUUCAGCACAUCUGGUUCCCCCUGCAAAUGUUGAGUGUGCGGCAGAAUCCCUUGCAGAGCAGGGGGAGUUGCAGAGAGUUCUGGGGCACACUGUUUGUAGGGGGAGCCUGCUGUGUUGGAAGCAACGCAGUGGAGGAAGGGCUUGUCCUGGGCUGCCCGGACUACUUAGCAUUGCCUAGUGUCCCCUGCCCUCUUUCCAGGAGGCAUGGGGCAGGAUACUUUGAGGCAGGACUGUAUUGUCCCCUUCACAUGUAGCUGCUCUCAGUCCUGGAUGCAAGGUUGGAGCUGAUGUUACUGGCUCUGCCUAAGAAGCCUGGAUUUUACCCUCUUAAUGCCAAGCUAAAUUAUAAAGGGAACUUUUUCGGUACUUUUGAAACACAACUUCUCUCUCCUUUUUAUUAAAUUUAAAAGAUGCUGCAGGCAGACAGCCUGUUUUGUAUCUUUCAAUGGGUCCAAGAGGGAAGGUGGAUAGGAGUCUCCAGGUUCUGUAAUUCAUUUCCUCUUUCAAGAUGGUGAGAAAGACUCUUACAUGUGUCAAUUUAGCACAGUAUUUUACAUCCUGAACUGUAAAAAAAAAAAAAAGCGAGGCUGUCGUAGCCAAGAACGAAUUAGAAGGGCAUUGGUGUUACCCAGUGAAGACUUGAACCAGUGGUGGGUAUAGAGAAGUUCUCACUGCUCAGAAGGUGGAGCUUCAGUGCCCUGCACAACUCUGUACCUCUUCCAUUGACUACUAUGCCUUGCCUUCAUAUUCAUCUGGUGGUUCUACCUUCUUACCUGUUGCCAAGAUUUACAAUCCUGGGGAAAAAACUCCUAAAUUUACAAAUAUAUACCAAUUGUCUUACAUUUUAAUAUCGAGUGCAUUUUAUUAUUUCCAUUUGCGAUUGGUAGAUUUACAGGCUGAUUGAACAGCAGUAUGGAGAAUGAGUUUUUGCAGAUACAGGAUAAGACAUCACAAUGGGAAAUACUAAUGGAGGUUGUAUUCUUACCCACUUGUCUUGGUAUUGUGACUAGGGAUGGGCACGAACCGGGAAAAUUGAGGUUCAUCCUGGUUUGUGGGGUCACGUGAACCACAAACCUCCCAGUUGACUGAACCGAUUCGUUUUGUGAGGUUCGUGAUGCGGUGGGGGUCCUCCCUCCUUUCUGCUGGCGAAGGCUCCCUGAGGCCAGCAGAAUGGAAGUGGGGUGCGAUCUCCCCUCCCUCCCUUCUGCCAGCAGAGGUUCCUGAGGCCAACAGAAUGCAAGGGGGGGGGGGAGAGAUCUUGCAAAAGCCAUUUAAAGGGAAUAUUCCAUUU